UCUUGUGGUCGGUUUUCUCUUUCACCUUUUGCACUUGUCGCAUUCCACGACAACCGAUAAAAGCAAAUACUAAUUCUACGAGGCGAAAAGAAAACCUCAGCCUCACGUCUUUCUUUGCUACGAAGCAGCAUCAGCAAGGUCUGUUACCAUAGUUACGAGAGAGCGAGAGAGCCACAGAGAGAGAGAAAGCGAGAGGGAGAGAGGGUGAGACUGAUCACGUGACCCAGCAAGAUGGCGUCUAUAAUGUAGAAUGGGGAUGAUUUAAACUGAGAGGGUGGAAAUUUGGAUCUGCUGCCUAAUUGUUCAUCAUCAUUAUUAUCUUAGAAUCAAGAUGGCUCUAAAUGUCUUUGAUCAUGAUGAAUACAGGCCACCAGUGUGGAAAUCCUACUUGUAUCAGCUCCAGCAGGAGGCACCUCACCCACGCAGAGUCACCUGCACCUCUGAGGUGGAAAACCGACCUAAAUACUAUGGCAGAGAGUUCCAUGGGAUGAUCUCAAGAGAAGAGGCUGACCAGUUACUGAGUCAGGCAGAGGGCAGCUACCUCAUCAGAGAGAGUCAGAGGCAGCCGGGCACUUACACACUGGCUCUAAGGUUUGGGAACCAGACGAGAAACUUCCGUCUCUACCAUGACGGGAAACACUUUGUUGGGGAGAAGAGGUUUGAGUCCAUCCAUGACCUCGUCACGGAUGGCCUCAUCACACUCUACAUCGAGACAAAGGCAGCAGAGUACAUCGCUAAGAUGACCAUAAACCCUAUCUAUGAGCAUGUGGGCUACACCACUCUGAACCAGGAGCCCACCCUGAAAAAACACCUGCCUCACAGCCAGGAGGAACCCGACGGACCGACUCCAGCCAAAGAUGACCACAACACAGAGGAAAGGCUCACAUCACUGGUGCGGCGGGCCACCCUGAGGGAGAGCGACUUGGCGCCCAAGUAUGAGAAGGUCCACAACUUCAAGGUUCAUACAUUCAGGGGUCCCCACUGGUGUGAGUACUGUGCCAACUUCAUGUGGGGUCUCAUUGCUCAGGGAGUGAAAUGUGCAGAUUGUGGGUUGAACGUCCAUAAGCAGUGCUCCAAAGUCGUACCCAACGACUGCCAGCCGGACCUUCGGCACGUCAAGAAGGUGUACAGCUGUGACCUGACAACCCUGGUCAAAGCCCACAACACCAAGAGGCCCAUGGUGGUCGACAUGUGUAUACAGGAAAUUGAGGCCAGAGGUCUUCAGUCAGAAGGUUUAUACAGAAUAUCAGGCUUCAGCGAGCUGAUUGAAGACGUCAAACUGGCCUUUGAUAGAGAUGGAGAGAAAGCAGACAUAUCCUCAAAUGCUUACGAGGACAUCAACAUCAUCACCGGAGCCCUCAAACUGUACUUCAGAGAGCUGCCCAUACCCCUCAUCACAUAUGAUGCCUACCCACGCUUCAUAGAAGCUGCAAAAAUAACAGACCCAGAGAAACGACUGGAGGCCCUCCAUGAGGCCUUGAAGCUGCUGCCACCAGCUCACUGCGAGACGCUGCGAUACCUCAUGGGUCACCUCAAGAGAGUGACACAAUACGAGAAGGAGAAUCUCAUGACUAGCGAGAAUUUAGGCAUCGUCUUCGGCCCGACGCUUAUGAGGGCGCCCGAGCUGGACGCCAUGACGGCACUCAACGAUAUCCGAUAUCAGAGACUUGUGGUGGAAAGUCUCAUUACCAAUGAAGAUGUGUUGUUCUGAGGUGCAAGAGGAGAUGAAAAGAGAGACUGGGGAUGACACUUGAAUGCUUUUAACGAUAAAAAGGUGGCUUCUAAUGAGAAAAUGAAGGAGAAACAUGCAAGAUACUUGUGUCUCACUAGAGAGGAUUAAAAAAUACACUACCUGCUUUUGUGAUGGUUGAAUAAAUGGAGAAAUGAAGGAAGUCUCUGUCUUCAUGGAAGCAAUUUAACAAAAACUAUCGUGAGACACAGCGGCUUUGAGUGCAGAAGUGGAUGGAAGGACACAGCAUUUCCCUACAUUUUAAUGAAAAUAGGAGCAAAACAUCAAGUCAACGAGCCCUACUUUGUCUCUGUGAGUUGGCAUUAGAAACAUACCCUUUAUCAGAGAGAGAAUUAACAAUGUGUGGUAGAAACACUGCACCAUCUAUCUUUACGUUCUUGUAAUUUCUUCCUACAAGGAUGCCUUGACAUUUUGGAUUGUGGAAAAACAUGACUGUAUUGAAAAUGUUAGCUUGGUUAGUGUUUAUCAUUGAAACUCCUGGUAAGUCUUGGUAAGUUUUCUUGUUUUCUUAGUGUCAAGGUGUCCCAUUUGAUCCUCUUGAAGAGAAGAAGCAGCAGCACUGGCUUCCUAACAGUAGACAGCCGGAUGGAUGAAUGAAUGAAUGAGUGGAAAAAGUGUAUCUCUCACGUUUGGCGCAUACUCAUUCCUCCAAAUGGAACUAAAGUGAUUUGGACCUAUGGCCUUUCUUUUUUCUUUCCUCUUCUUUUGCUUUGCUUUUGCCCCGUCGCUAAAUUAUAACCACACAGCAACCUCAAA